UAUGGUUUUUAUUGAUCAUCCCCGGGAUCGAACUCUUGGUUUUACUCGAUGUUUGAUUUAGGUUGUUGUUAACUGCUUGAUAUUUGAUUUUUUCUAAUUGGGAAACCUUGAAUGAUGCAGAAUCAUGCCUACGUUUUCUGCUGCCGUUUUUGAUACAACACUAAAGGAUCAUCAGCAAACGAAAGCAAAAACAUUCUCUUGUCUCUAUGCCACUCCUAAAGAGAUCCCACUUCCUUAUUCCCCGUAUUCCUCCCCUCCAUCUCCCUAUAUCGUCAGCCACAAAGCACGCAGACCUGCUCCUCUUUUCACACAAUCUCUCUUCAUCUGGUGGGGAGUUUUAUGAUGCUCGUGAUGAACUAUCAACCGACAGCGGAACGCCGAGUUCAGUUAACAACAUGGAAGCUGAACUGAGGUUGAGUUUGCUGAUGGAAAGCGAGAAGAGAAGGCAAGCAGAGGAGACUCUGGAGGAAAUGCAAGUUCAUUGGCGGAGGCUCCGACAGCAGUUGGCCCAUGUGGGUCUGUUCCUUCCUCUAGAUCCCACCAGCACCCAAUACAGCAUGAACAUAGCAGAUGAACUACGGUGUCAAAUCAGAGUUCACCAGGUUUGUCUCUGACUCACUAGACAUUGAGUUGGCCAAGGCAGAGGUAGAGAUGGAGAUGACUUCUGAACUCGAAGCUAAGAAGUUUGAAAUCACCCAGUUAUCUAACCGCCUUCACUAUUCCGAGACUGUAAACCAGGAAAUGUCCCAGCGCAACCAAGAGGCCAUAGAGGAUGCAAGACGAGAGAAGAAGAAGAAGAGAAAGAGGAGGCAGAGAUGGAUUUGCGGAUCAAUUGCAGUAAGCAUCACGCUUGGUGGUGCAGUCUUGGCUUACCCUUCCGGAAAUUCAUUGAAACCUCAGCCGUCACCAAUCAAAUGAGGCUCCCUAGUCUGAUACUUAGGAGGAAGAAGCAAAAGGUUUAGGCCUUUUUCUGAAUAUGGUUUGCUUUUUGUACCUAAGUUUCUAGAGAUUUUUGAAUAUGAUGAGGAAAAUCACUCGGCAGCUUCAUGCUGCGACCGUAUAAAGGAUCAUUGUUCACAUACCAAUUUUGUUACUUCGUGGCACGAAGGGUUUCUGAGCUCCAAUAUAUAGUGGAGGUAUUAAUUUGUGACUUAAUUAUAGUUAAGGGACUAAAUAGAAAAAGGUAAAACGGCGUCGUAUGAAGAUCACAUAUCGUUCCUCGGCUAAUCUCACAAACCAGUGAGAGAGGGAGCUACCAAUCCGAAAAUGGCGGCCUCUCCGAAUAUUCCACCCACUCUUUCCCGCUACAAAUUCUUCUCUACGUCCGUCGUUGAGAACCCUAACUUCUCUCCACAUCAUCACAACAUCGAUAACCGUCGGCGGCGGAGACUGAUCAAAUCGCAUCUUCAAGCGCAGAACAAUACCACCGCUAUCAGCUACGGCGCUCCUCGGACGGAACUCGCCUCCUCGAAGAAGCUAUGGAUCAGGCAGCAACGAAGCUUCAGCGAAACGGAGGUUGAGCAAGGACAAUUAGGAGAUGAUGAAGAAGAGCUAGAGGACGAGGCGAGCCUGCUCUCGUUGAGCGUGAAGCCGGACAGAAACAUGGCGUUGCUCGACGAUUACGAGAUGGAGGAGCUUGGCCACUCUCCUCCUGAUACCAAUCAUCGCAGCGGAUACGUGGCGGUGGUUGGGAUGCCGAACGUGGGGAAAAGCACGCUUUCGAAUCAAAUGAUUGGUCAGAAGAUCUCCAUUGUUACUGAUAAGCCUCAAACCACCAGGCAUCGGAUUCUCGGUAUCUGCUCUAGCCCUGAUUAUCAGAUGAUACUUUAUGAUACGCCUGGUGUAAUCGAGAAGAAGAUGCAUAGGUUAGAUACUAUGAUGAUGAAGAAUGUGCGUGAUGCUGCCAUCAAUGCUGACUGCGUUGUUAUUCUUGUUGAUGCUUGUAAAACGCCUGCUAAUAUAGACCAAGUCUUGAAAGAGGGCUUGGGAGACCUCGAAAAGAGGCCACCCAUGCUUCUUGUUAUGAACAAGAAAGAUCUCAUCAAACCUGGUGAGAUUGCCAAGAAACUCGAGUGGUAUGAAAAAUUCACUGAUGUUGAUGAAGUUAUACCUGUGAGCGCAAAGUAUGGACAUGGAGUAGAGGAUGUGAAAGAGUGGAUCUUAUCCAAACUUCCCUUUGGUCCACCUUAUUAUCCCAAGGAUAUUGUGAGUGAACACCCAGAGAGAUUCUUUGUUGCUGAGAUCGUUAGAGAGAAGAUAUUUAUGCAGUACCGAAAUGAAGUUCCUUAUUCAUGCCAGGUGAACGUGUUGAGCUACAAAACUAGACCAGCUGCAAAAGAUUUUAUUCAAGUGGAAGUAGUGGUUGAUAAAAAUUCACAGAAGAUCAUCCUUAUAGGAAAAGAAGGGAAGGCUUUGAAGACCCUAGCAACUGCUGCUCGACUUGACAUUGAAGAUUUCCUUCAGAAAAAAGUCUUCCUUGAGAUUACAUAUAAAAUGGGGAAUGAAGGUGGAAGUGAAAGUGAAAGAGAAUUGGAGGCAAGAUGAGGGACUUCUCAAGUACUAUGGAUAUGGAGGACAGAUCAGAGCUAUGUAAGUAAGUAAGUAGUGUGUCGUGAUCUGUUGCCUUCAAAUGGGCUAUUAUGAAGAAGAUUAGAAAGAGCAAAUGGUAGGGCUCAGGUCAGCUUUUUUUCCCCAUUUUGUUUUGUUUGUAUUUAACCGAUACGGCUCAGCCUCAGGUUAGCUUUUGUUUUCAAUCUCAAUCCAGCGAUGCAUUUGAAAAUUAAAACUCCUUUUACUUCUUUUGUUUUGUUCCACUAAACUAACCACCGAAUAUUUAUUUCA